AUGUCUGGGGACGAUGCAGAAUUUACGGGAAAUUUGGGCUACAACGGACUCGACUCGUCUUUAAACUAUUUCACCUAUCCACCUGACAUUUCCACUAUUGCCAAUUCAGAUUUGGCAGUCAUUUUCAAAUCCUUGACCAAGAAAGACCCGAAAACUAAAGAAAAAUCGCUAAAUGACUUAUUGGCUAAACUCAAGGAGAGCAGUGAGAGCUUGGACGAAAACUCAGUCAUCUGCUGGAUCAAACUAUACCCUAAACUCGCCAUCGAUAACGCAAAAGUUGUACGGGCUUUAGCUCAUCAGAUACAGGGCUCUUUUUUGAAAAACUUGGGAGGCAAAGGAUUCAGCAAGUAUUUGAAAAGCUCAAUGCCCACAUGGCUAAUGGGUGUGUACGACUCAGACAAGACGGUGUCGUCGAGCGCAUACAAUUCGCUUUUGGAAAACUUUCAGGGCGAUCUGGCGAAGCUCGAGAAAGCUUGGCACUUGUUUCAAGAUCCGAUCUUGAACUUGGUGGGCAGCGUGAUUGUCGUGGAGCAGCCGGAAACAUUAACGGACCCAAGGUAUACCAACGAGUCCGAGAUCCAGCUCAAAUACGACAGGGUCUUGUCCAAUUCUAUAGCUUUACUUUUAAAAGUGAUCAAUGAGGAUGCAUCACCAGGGCUUAUCGAGAAGAUCUUGCUACUGGAGACAAUCUGGAGUAAGCUCAACUCGUGUCUCAAGGGCGAGACAAUGAAUCUCAACUUGUUCCGCUCCAUAUUGACGCUAGUUUUGGCAUUGUUUUCGGAGAACAGAAAUAACCCAGCAAUGCCGGAGAAUGUCGCCAAACAGGAGGCCUUGUACAAACUCGUUUCCAAAUCCAUCCUCAAGGUGAAGUUUAGUGACAAAGUGCAGCCAAUCAUUUACUCCUCGGUUGUAUGGCCCUUUUGGAAAGCACUUGUUGAACUUACAUCUUUUGGAUGUCGAAACGGAUAUAAAAAAAACUUGUGGAACUACUCAAGCAAGGCUGCGAAAAAGCUCUGCGAAUACGUGCAGCUAGGUGCAUGCGAUCUGGAGUUGAGCUAUUACGAGUUGGUGACACUGCUACUAUCCAUCAUCAAAACACACAAUAUCGACGUGGUUGAUUUUUCGGACUCCGAGCUGCUUGAGUUUUACGUCAACACUUUAUUGGCCCAGUUUAAGCGGGUUCGGGAAGCGUUUAAGCCUGCUUGUUUUGACGCGGUGAUGCAAACAACAGAAUUGUUUGACGUCAAGAACCAACUGCUUUUCAACGAAAUACUCGAAACGGCCAUGCAGGGUUAUUCAACCUAUCGAAUUCAAACAAACAAGGAGAAAUUCCUCAAUGUCUUGAAAGAAAGUCGAAGCCUUGAACAGUUAAAAGGUGCUGCAACGGUUUUGGAAAAACAGGUUGAAAGUAAGUUGUCGACUUGCGAUGAAAAGAAAAUCACCGCCUACUUUGAAUUUCUACAAGCUCUCGGCUUCAGCUCUUCCAUCAAGAAUAUUGUAUCCUUUGUCAUUCAAGAAUACGAAGAUGAAGACAAAGGUGAAGAUGGAGAAAGGAUUGGCAUUCCGCCGGUGACAAAGGUCAUAAGCGUCUACCUCGACUUUGCAACGGCGUUGCCGUCCAAAGUUGAAAUGUUUAUAUCAAGAUUACCGCAAGUGGUUGGCCAAGAUCCCUCAGGAAACUCGGUGCUAUUGUUACGGAAAAUCAAGAAAAAGGCUUUGCUUAAGGACAACGACGAAACUGCAAAAAAACUUAUAAACGAGUCAUUUGCAAACCUUGAACUCAACCAGCCAUCGAUGAUAGAUACAUUUAUAAAAAGAUUGGACAUUGAAAUUGACAAAGACUCUUACCCGCAGAUAUACGCUUAUGUUUGUGACACUUCAUCCGGUGACGUUGAUGCUGAGCAAAUUGAAAAAAUCCUCAAAGCGGGCGACGGAGCAAUCAUGCAAAAUAUGAUUUCGAAUCUCAGUGCAAACAAUCAUGGUGCUUUUAUUGACAGCGUCACGAGGCUUCAAAAGAUUGACGCGGUUGCAAAUUUGGGCAUAGAGAAGGUGAUUGCCCUGGCGUGGCAAAACGUGGACACGCUGAAACGCUUUUUGAUCUCAUUGAGAACUCACGACAAGGAAAUCUACGAGCAGUCAAUGCUUCAAUAUUUGAGCUCAUGCACAUUGCACACAAACCUUGAUGGGCUCGUUGAUUUGGUCAAAGAAGGACCAAUCCCUUAUGACCUUCUUCGGGACUCACUCAAAUCCAUCAUCAACCAGUUGAACCCGUUUGAGAUUGCAAUUUCCAAUUCCUUAGCGCUGGCGGUUUAUUUGGUUUCUCCAGGCACUGGUUCUUUCAAAGUCGAAGGAGUCGUCUUGGCAAAGUUCAUAGUGCUGUUGCUGAAGAAGAAGAAAAACACAGAUGAAGCAAAUUGGCAAGCUUUGGUUUCCACGGCUUGCGAGUAUGUGUCUGACUUUCUUUUCACUCAAAAGUUGAGUGGUGCAGAUGAGGCAGUUUUGUUUGACAUUAUCAGCAAUCAGACAACUGAACCAUCAUCGUCAUCAUCAUCAUCAUCAACUACUACCACCACUUUGGAAAAAAUUGCCGAGUCAUUGACUAGCACUGAUGACCGCGAAUCAAUUUUCUUUCAGAGCCGUGGCGAUGACCUUUUUGCGUUUUAUGCUGCCCGUUGUCUAGCUAAAUUGGUCGAGCUGGCUUGUGAAACGACUUCAGAAUCAUCUUUUGAAAAUAAUAUAAAUGUCAACUACCAGCAACUCAGCAAGCAGCCACUACAAUUCAUUGCUUUCAUCACGGGAAUCAACAACUUUUUGGCGUCUCCUAAACUCGACCGAAUUAGGAAUUAUGUAUUUUCAGAAUUGCUAGCUAUUAAAAAGGACGAGGAUAUCCUCUCAAAGGGGCUAAAAUGGGUAACGAUGCUCCUCCCAUUUCUCAACUUUGAGUCAAAGUCAGAUUUGUUCCCCGGUAUCAAGUUGAGCAUGGUGUUGAACCAAAUGAACGACUGGUUUGAUUCCUCCAUCGCGUAUGACGUUGAGUUCAUUGCAAUUAGAGUCCAGGUUGUGAGAUUUUUGGGAGCACUUGCAUCUAAUCAGCAGCAGAGUUUGCCCGAUGCGUAUUUUGAAUUGACCGACAGGUUGAUUGACGAAAACCUCGAGAUGGCUGGCGACAGGUUGGAUUUGGCGUACUACACUUUAAAGUUUUACCAUAGUAUGUUGAAGUCUGAAUCACCAAUUGCGAGACAGGACCACCUGAAGCUACUUGAAUUUUUUGUGAAUUUCCAACACUUCGACACCCAGGUGCUUCUGUUGGUUGAACAAGUUCUCGAAAGAGCAAUGCUCGAGUCCAAAUUCUCCAUCCCGGAGCUACUUCCGUAUGAAAAUGCCUUGUUCAAGAUAUUGGCAAAUACAAGGUCGGAAACUGCAUUACGACUCAGCGCUUUUUACCUUUCCCAGAUUCUCGAACACAACAAGCAAGAGUUUGUUAUCGAGUUUGCACUUUCCAAAGAAGAAGGGAAAAAGGCCACCAUGCCUCCUCUAUUAACAGAUAUAGCCAGCGAGUUUAAAGUUGACGAUGAUAUCGACAUACUACGCUAUUUAUUGACCUGGUUUUUGAUUGCCAUCUUUUUUAAAGACGUGACGGUCACCAUUAGGAACGACUAUUUGAACGAAUUGGUCUCAACCAAAAACUUGCAAACCUUUUUGUACUAUGUAUUUGAUCACGUGGAAAUGAACCAACAAUUCUUGUCGACGUUGUCGGUUGAUCUGAUUGCAGACAAUGUUUCCAGUGCACAGGAGUUUGAGCAAUUGGCGACAGAUUUCAAAUUGCUUGCAUUAUUUAUAUAUUUCCGAUGCCUCCAAUAUUGUGGAUUCCAAGUCCAGAUGUGGUAUCGCGAGAUUAGAGACAAGCAGUUGCAAAUGAAGGUGGAAAGAAUCACCACCAAAUACUUGUCCCCGACAUUGAUCAAGGCCAUUUUGGAAGAAGUAGAAAAUGACAAGGGCAAGAUCCAAGGAAAAGAAGACAACUUGUCGAUCAAGGUGAAUCGCGUUUCGAACGAGAUCAAGACCACCUACAUUGUCGACGAGCAGAAACUCGAAAUGGUUAUCAAGGUUCCUAGACUAUACCCUUUGGAAAACGUGGUGAUUGAAGGACCAGCGAGAGUUGGAGUGAAGGAGAACAAAUGGAAAGCAUGGCUAUUGGCGUCGCAAAAGAUAAUCUCGCUUUCCAAUGGAUCAAUCAUUGAUGCAAUCGAGCUAUUUUGCAAGAAUAUCAACUUGAAUUUUUCAGGAUUUGAAGAAUGUGCCAUCUGUUACUCCAUCUUGCAUCAGGACUUGUCCUUGCCUUCCAAGACAUGCCAAACGUGCAACAAUAAAUUCCACGCUGCUUGCUUGUACAAGUGGUUUAAAAGUUCUGGAAACUCCACAUGUCCACUUUGCCGUACCGCAUUCAAUUUCAAGUAUAGAAACUAG